AUGAAGUUGUCAAUCUUUGCUGUCCUCGUCGGCUUGGCGGUAUGCAGCCAUGCCUUCUCGAUCAGUGGCUUCAUCAGUUCUGUUGCUAAACAUCAGCAAGAGAACAUCCAAUUGGUUUCUGAUCAAGCUAUAAGUAACAUCAAUCAGAUAGCAGGAAACAUCAAGUCAAAUAUAAAUGCUAUCCUCACUGCCCCAGCAACCACCUUACAGCAGAAAACUACUCCACCUCAAACACUAAUACAAUCAGCAACGAAAACUAAUCCACCUCCACUCCCAACACCAACAACCAUUCCACCACCAGCACCGAAAACCAAUCCACCUCCACCCCCAACGUCAACGACCACUCUACCACCAAAAACAACACCACCUCCAACUCCAGCAACAAACAAACCUACAGAAGAAAUAACAACAGCAGAUACUGAAAAAUAA